GUCCACAUAAGCAUCCUUAAUUCUUAUAUUUAUUUUCUUUUUGGAUUGGAACAUGUCCCAUUCUAACGGUCUCGCGCUAGGAGAGAGUACCUCGCCAGUCAAUGUCUGGGCUGACCCGAGAGCCGGCACAUUAUCUUUCGAGAGUACGCCGGGCGGCGCAACGAUGCCGGGGGUGGAUGACUUCGAGCUGGCAUCCUACUGUGCUGGCUUCGAUGGCCAUCCUGGCCCCCACGAAGUCAUCCUCCCUCUUCAGGAUGACCCAAACCAGAUCAUGCACCCCAGCCUCUAUUCCCUUCAAAUGACUUUUCCCCAGGACCACUCUUACAAACCGCUUCAUGAGAGCACCACCUUCAAUUUCGAAGAAGGCGCCAUUGGCACCUAUCCUCUUCACAAGUCCAACGAGACGUCCCCCAAUUUCCUGUUGUCCACCACCAUUGGCUACGAGGCAUCCCCGUCCCCCUUAUCAUCACGCCCAUGCACGGCAGGCUAUGAAGGAGAGGAGAUGGGUUUUUCACCCUCUGCCCCGGUGGAGCUCUCCUCUCAUGGCUGUAGCUUCGGAGCCACCGAUGGUUUCUCAUUCUAUUCCGACUUCGAUCAGCCUGGCUUCGAUUGGAAUCCGUCCCCCAAGUCCAACCCACAAGCCCACCAGAUAGUCGACAGCUCUCCCCUCCAAUACAUCUCCACAUCCCUCAUUCCGCCACCCUCUGCUGAUGGAUUACUCGGACCACAGGAUCAGGGGGGCGCCAACACCCUGAUCGAGCCACUGCCGGACUUCAAGUUUCAAGCCGGUCCAACCACCGCAGCGCACUCGAUCAUCCCCCACGAGAUAUCAGAGCCAUAUCCAUGGUCGAGUGCUGCUGCUCUAUCGCAUCCUCCCCGACCGAGGAUAGAUGGCGGGUUCCCACACAGUGAAGUGUUCACGACGAGAUGCGUCCAACCUACCAGUCUGAUGUGCCCUCAAUCGGUUAGCGGGAAGCCGAAAGACGCAGGCCUGGAGUCGAGCCAGUCUUCGACCUAUGGAAAGGCCUCCUUCUUGCCCGGGAAUUGGGAGUCGCAAGGGAUCUUCGCCGCCGAGAGCGUCGACGACUCCCCUCAACCAAGCAGAAGACUUGCCGCGAUCAAGCAGCCAUCUACCAGACGCAAAACUUCUGUCAAGGAGCCCCUAACAGCUGCCGGUAACACUGCUCCGAACGGCUCCAAAAGAGCCGUCCAAGCGCUCUCCCGCGCCGCCGAUGAUCCCCCCGAUCCUCAGGAUCCCGCCAAACAUUCCACCCCAUCAUCCGCGCUCAAUAAGACCCCCGAUGGCAAAUUCGUCUGUUGUCGAAUCUCCAAAGAUACCCAAGCUACUUGCGGUAGAAAGUUCCAACGAUCUGAACAUCUGAAGAGACAUUGGGCCACUCACGACGAGCUCAAACCAUUCCAAUGUCACAUCUGUGAACGAUUUUUCGGCAGAACCGAUAAUCUGACCCAACACGUCAAAACACACGCCAAUGCGCAUGGAAGAAACACCAAGUUACUGAAAGCCAAGAUGCUCCAAGAGGCCGAAGAAAGCAAGGGACUUCGGAAGCUCGAGCACAAGCCGACGGCGUACUACAGUCGAUCAACCAGACGCAGAAAACUUCAAUCAGCCUCUUGA